UCCAUUUCCUUUUCAAUAACCAAACUCUUUUGCCUUUCUCUCAUCUUUUCUUUUCCUUGAAGCACAAUAAUAUUUCUCUACCCAACCAACAAACUAUAUCAAAACCAAAAACCUUCCCUUUUUACAAUUUCUUCUUCGUUUUUAUAAUUGCAUAUUACAUUUUCAUAUCAAAUCAAAUGAUAUAAUAAAUAUAUUCUCUGUCACUUCAAAAACCCCUAUAACAAAGUCCAUUUUAUCAAUAUCGAUCCCCUUUUGGACAUGAAAAAUGAUGGCAUUUAGCUUGGUUUCUGCAUGGAACAAGAGGCGUAGACGAAAAAAAUCUUCUCAUUUAGAUGAUCAUCAUCAUCAUCAAACUACUACAGAUGAUCCUUGGAUUUAUAGGCCAGUUGAGUUGUGGCAACUUGAGGGUCAAACCACCCUUCAAAGACCUUCCAAAAGACACCAUGGAUCUGCUGUCUUCACGCUUCGGGAAAUGGAAGACGCUACAUGUUCCUUUAGCGAUACCAACUUGCUCGGCAAAGGUGGCUUUGGACGAGUUUAUCGAGGCACCUUGCGAUCUGGAGAGGUAGUAGCAAUAAAGAAAAUGGAGAUGCCAGCAUUUAAGGAAGCAGAAGGAGAGCGUGAGUUCAGAGUGGAAGUUGACAUUUUGAGCAGAUUGGACCAUCCAAAUCUUGUUUCCUUAAUUGGUUAUUGUGCUGACGGCAAGCAUCGCUUUUUAGUUUAUGAAUAUAUGCAUAAAGGAAACUUACAGCAUCAUUUAAACAAUAACGGAAUUGGAUCAGAAGCAAAAAUGGAUUGGGAAAGGAGGUUGAAAGUGGCACUUGGAGCAGCAAAAGGACUUGCUUAUCUUCAUUCAACUUCAGCUGCUGGAAUGCCAAUUGUCCAUAGGGAUUUCAAAUCCACUAAUAUUCUUCUCGACUCCAACUUGGAUGCAAAGAUAUCAGACUUUGGGCUAGCAAAGUUUAUGCCAGAAGGACAAGAAUCACAUGUGACUGCAAGAGUCCUCGGAACAUUUGGAUACUUCGACCCUGAGUAUACUUCGACAGGAAAACUGAGCUUGCAAAGUGAUGUGUAUGCAUUUGGAGUGGUUCUUCUUGAGCUGCUCACUGGCCGCCGAGCCGUCGACUUGAACCAAGGCCCUAACGAUCAAAACCUUGUUUUACAGGUAAGACAUAUAUUGAAUGAUCGAAAGAAAUUACGUAAGGUAAUAGAUCCAGAAAUGAGUCGAAGUUCAUAUACAAUGGAAUCUAUAGUCAUAUUUGCAAACUUGGCUUCACGUUGCGUGCGAACAGAGAGCAGUGACAGGCCAACAAUGACAGAGUGCGUAAGGGAGCUCCAAAUGAUUAUUUACACAAAGUUGCAAAUGCGCAAGGCCUAAACAUAUAUUUUGAUCAUAUAUAUUAAGUACACUUCAUUAAUUGUUGUAUUCGAUGAAAACAUGGGCACCUAUUUUGAAUGGGUAGUGAGUUCAAAUCUUUGCUCUCACAAUUUGGGAUGUAAUAACUUUUGUAGGAAAAAAAAAGGAUACAAUCAACUAGUUCUUCUGAGAUCAAA